AUGGCCGAGGUCUUCACCAGUAGUGAGUCGAACUUUCUACGAUCUUCGGGCGAGGACGAGAAUGAGCGCUCGCCGCUGAUGGCUUUUUGUGAGAAUUUUCCCGAUGCUGUGGAGGCGGAGGAGUACUCGUUGAAGGACGAUGGAAGCGAGAGCAGAGUCGUAGGCCCGGCGCUCUCCACAGACUGGACACGAAGUCAGAUGAGUGCCCAGAGUUGGAAGGACAAGUUGAGAAAAGUGAAGAACAAUCAAUGGUUUUCGGAUUUGGAACCCGGCCGACUGUGCAUGGUCGAGCAGAUCGUGGGCAGAUUGCAAUGUGCUGGAGUACACGGGUCGACAUUGAAUUCUUCCAUGGCUCCACUCUCUCGGCUGGUGUCAGUGUGCGUAGCGACUCUAGUGUUUCGGAGAUUGCCCUAGGUAAGGUCACGGAUCCACUAGGGUUUUACGACUGGAUGAAGAAGCAUCCAUCCGGCCUCGAGGCGAAUCGCCCAAUGUAUGCGCUCUUGCAAUGCCAUCUGCAAAAGCGGCAUUGGGCGGGGUUGGAAAUCAUCAUCAUGUACAAGAUGGGGAGCAAGAAGAAUUGCCUUGCAGACGCUGCGCUUUAUAAGAAGAUGAUCAAAAUCGCCACUGAUUAUGGCAAUACGAAGCUGGCAAACAAAUGGCUACAGAAGAUGCUCUGGAGUGGUUUCGUUCCCAGUCUUCUCACCUGGAAUUUGGUCCUUGUUGCUUUCGCUCGAGAUGGCCGGUUUGCCGAGGUCUUCUCUGUUUAUGAGCAGCUGAAGGAUCACAAUCGCCCUCCAGAAAGGAUCAUCUACUGCGCGCUCCUUUCAGCUUGUCAAAAUGCGGACAGGGUGCAAGAAGCACAAGACAUUGUGGCCCAUAUGAAGUGCCGAGGGAUGCUAGAUUCUGCAACUGCCACGUUUAGGGAAAUGGAGAAAGCAGGUUAUGAGCCGGAUCAAGUAGCCUACAACGCGCUCAUUCACGCAUAUGCGAGGGCGGACGCAAAUGACGCAUUCGAUCAAGCCAUCAAACUGGGUGGCCGCAUCGAUCCUGUUGUUUUCUCGACCAUGAUCAACAUAGCCAGGGAUUUGCUGGAGGCGAUGAAAGAGUUUCGGUUUGAAAAGAAGCACUGGCAGUGCGUUGUUUCAAUUCUCAUAAAAACUUACGCCAAGGUUGGGCAGCUGUGGGAACCUAUUAAACUUUUUGAAGAGAUGCACGCUGUCGGGUACCCUGUGAAUAACAGAAUUCACACAACCAUGCUAAAUGUGUACUUCAAAGUGGGUCGGCAUAGAUGUGCAGAGGCACUUUUCCUGGACAUGAUCGAGACGGGGAAGUGCAGGAAUAUGGUAGCUUUUGGCACCAUGAUCAAUAUUUACGGGAGGAUGGGAAGAUGCCGCCUCAAGGGAAACACUGCUAUAUACAACACGCUAAUUUACUGCCAUGGAAGGAAUGGAAAUUUAAUUGUUGUGGAGGAGUAUGUGAAGUAA